AUGCUGUUCAUGACGAGGUUACAGGCGAAGCCGUGGAAAAGCGCAGUGAGUGUGGCGGCUCUUAAUAACGACUUCCCAUCGUCCUCUCCCUCCUCUCCCUUCUCCCCCCCUCCCCUCCUCCCCAACCCCUUCCACUCUCCCAGAGCUGCUAGAAGCCGUGGAUCGCACAAGCUACUAGAAGCGAUGGAUCGCACAGUGAGUGUGGCGGCACAGAAUGAGGGCUUUGCUCCGCUUGCGGCUCCGUGUGUUGCCAGAAACACCGUCCCUACUACCUUUCCCUCCUUCGUCCCACUCUUCUUCCCCUCUCCCAGAGCUACUAGAAGCGGUGGAUCGCACACACUGGAGCCUGUGGGAGUGCGCAAGACACCAGCAGCAAGGGAAAAGGGCAAGCUAGACCGGUCGAAAUCGAAGCCAACCUCUAGUAGAGCCACUAACGGGGCAGCUCUUAAAGGAUCCAUCAGCGCUCCAUCCCUAGACGAGCCUGGAAGCUCCUCCGAAACAGAGGGAAAAGCAGCAGGCACAGCAGGGGUGCGAGGAGGGGGGAAGGGUGCAGGUGGCGGCAGGAGAAAGAAGGUCGAGGCUAGCUCUAGUGGAGGGUCGACUGGUGGAGGCUCAACUGGUGGAGGUUCAACUGGUGGGGGAUCAGCAGCAGGAGGAUCUACUGGUAAAGGGUUAACCGGAGGGGGUACUACUACCAUGACUGUUGGGAGCUUGAUCGCUGCUGGGGCAGGGUCUGACACUCUCCUUGCGGAUAGUACUGCUGCUGCGCGCCUUGAUACAGGUGCAGACCGGAGAAGGGCAGGUGUGGAAGCAGCAGCAGGUGCAGAGGAAGGAGCAGCAGGGGGAGCAUCAGCGGGAGAAGCAGCAGGAGGGGGGAAUGGGAGCCUGAGUUCUGAUGCUAGUAAGGCAGCUGUUGCUGCUGCUGCUGCUGCUGCUGCUACUGCUGCUGCUGCUGCCACGACCGGAGCUGCUGAGGAGGCAGGUCUGGAUGCGGGGCCAGCAGCUGGUUUGGCAGCUGGGUUCGAUGCAGCCUUGGGUGGUGGAUUGGGGAUUGAGGCAGGGACAGGUGCGGAUGCUGUGAGUGUUGGGAUUGCAACAGAGGCAGGGGGGGCAGGCGGGGCAGCAGGGGCAGGCGGGGCAGCAGGGGCAGGAGGGAGCCAAGUAAGGGGUGAAGAAGGAGCAGAGAGUGAGGGAGGGAGUGAGAGGGGUGUGCAGGGUGAGGUCACAGAAGGGGAAGGAUGUGAGGGUAAGUCGAAUGCGGGUUCCCCUGGUGAGGUGCCUUUAGGGGGCGAAAGGAGGGAGGUAGAGGGAUCCAGUGCGGUUGAGAAGCAAGAUGCUGCGGUGGAAGGCGUUUCUCUGGUGGAAGGUGAAGGCGGGGUGGUGUUUAUAACAGGAGGUCAAUCGGGGCCAGGGAGGUUGGGACCAGGAUCAGAAGCGGGGGUGGGGAGUGGGAGGGGAGGAGAGUCAGGAGAAGGGGAGGUAGGAGGAGGGGAAGUGGUUGGUACUGAGGAGGGGGUGGAAGGGGAAAUGGGGCAUGAUCAAAAUGGGAGGAGAGAAGGGGUGGAGAACAGUGUAAAGGCUGAGGCUGGGGCUGGUGUUGGGAUUGCUGGCACGGAUGUGACAAAGGGAGAGGGGGUAGGGGGUGAUGGUAAGGAGGUUAGAGAGGGGAUGUUAGAGAAUGGGGGAAAGGAAGAGGAUGGGGAAGGGGGAAGAAGAGUAGGGGAGGAGGGGGGGGUAGAAAUGGAGGAGGGAGGCAGAGUGGAGGAAGCAGAGGGAGAAGAGGAGGGAGGGGAAGGAGAAGAGGAGGAAGAAGAGGAGGGUGAGGAGGAAGGGGGUGAGGAGGAAGAAGAGGAGGAGGAGGAAGCGGAGGAGGAGGAAGCGGAGGAGGAGGGUGUUGAGAGGGACAGGAAGGCAAGGGAGAAGGUGGUGAAAGCGUCAGAGACUCAGAGGGAUCUCGAGGAGGCCAAGGGACUGCUUCGAUCAGCUACAGGCAUUGGGCAAACCAAGGAGGCCAGGCUUACACGGAUCUGUGCACAGCUAUCAGCGCGGCUCCAGGAGUACAAGGCAGAGAACGAGCAGCUGGAGGAGCUGCUGCACGAGGAGAGAAACAACCGUGGAUCAGUGGAUAGUGUGGUGAGAGCAUUGCAGCAGCAGUUGGCAAGUGCACGGGCAGAGGCAGUGGCAGCAGAGGCAGCAAUAGCAGCGGGGAUGGAGGCGAAGAAUCGAGAGAUAGAGGCGCUGUGUGGUGCGCUGGAGGAUGCUGAGAGGCAGUCCGGUGCCCUCCAAGCGAAGCUCGCCUCCCUGCAGGCGAGCUCUGAAGCGCUCUCCAAGAAUCGGGACUCCACAGAGGCGCGCAUGAUUCAGGCGCUCAGGGAGGAGCUGGGUGCUGCUGAGAGGCGGUGCGACGACGAGCACGCAGCGCACCUCGUGACAAGACAGGAAGCAGCAGCACGCGAGCUCGAGUUGGAGCAGCAGGUGGCGGAGGGCGUGGCGGCGCUCUCUCGCAUGCAGAGGGCAGUGGAGGAGCGCACACAGCGAGUGUCAUCCCUUGAAGAGAAGAUAUCCGUUCUCGAGAUGGAGUGCAGCAGUCUCAACAGCGAGCUACAAGCACACGACGACAAGGCAAAGAGGGACCUCCGACGACCAGUCUCAGCAGAUGACCCCUCCGUGCUCGCGCAGGUGCAGGCAUGGAAGGAGGAGUCGGAGCGAGCGAGACAGCUGCUGCGAGAGGCAGAGGGGAAGCUAGCAGGCAGUGAGGCAGAGGUGCAGAAGCUGAGAGUGGAGGUGGAGGCCCACAAGAGGGACGCAGAUUCAUCCUCGUUACAGGCCAAUGCAGAAAUGGAGAAACGGUUCAAGGAGUUGACAGAGCUGCUGUGCCUGAAGCAGAGUCAACUGGAAACGAUGACAAGUGAGCGGCAAGCAGCGAUGCUCCAACUGGACAAGGAGCGACGAGAGCUGCAACUGGCCAAGGCACAGGCGGAGAGGGACAGAGCGGCACGUCGGUCAAUGCUGAUGGCUGCUGAUGAGGAGGACAGCGAGAUGCAGCCGCUGGAGUCCGUGGGUCUGCCCAACCGGCGCUUCAUAGGCAAGAGGAUUCAGCAAGCAGCAAAGCUCAUCGAUCAUGGCACAGUGACUGCCGGCCGCUUCCUUUGGCGCCGCCCACUUGCCCGCCUUGGACUUGUCUGCUACCUGGUCUUCGUUCAUCUGUUUCUCAUGUACCUGCUGCACAGAUUACAGGAGCAAGCGGAUGAGUUGCUGAACAAGGACCAGGUGUACCUGGCUGCAGAGGCGGCAGCAGGCAUUGUGAAGCCUCAUCCAGCUCGUCGUUAG